AUGACUGCCAUCACGAACAAGGUAUUCAAUCAACCCGGGGACUCGCAGACUGUCAACCAGACCACCUUUGCACCACUGCAGUUUGCUCCGAUUGGGUGCAACGUCGAGACCAAGCUCGGAACUGCCAUCACCGACGGCCGACUACAACUUGGGGUUUGGACCGCCGCCUGGUUCUGCCGCAUGGAGACUUUUCGUCCGAAGGGUUGUCCAUGGGUCACGAUACCUCUCCUUUACGUAGUCGACCACAGCUGGCGGAUCUCGUUUGCUUGCCACCGCAGCGAUUGCAUUGAGAUCUUGGAGGAGAUGGAUAUUGGGGAUACAAGAUCAUUGGUAGGGAUAUAUCAGUUGACGGCGGUGUUGAGGGAGCUCGCGACCUGGAUAUCAACAACAUAUCGGGAAUGGAUUGAGCGGGUAUUCCUUGAGACUAGAUGA